AUGACUGAACACAAUAUACGACCAAGAGAUGAAUUAGAAAAUGUUUUGAAAGGAAUUAGCGAUUCAUUACAUCUCUCUGAUAUGCAUUUAGAAAUAUCCUCAGAAGAACGCAUGGAUAGUCUCAUCUCAUUUUUGAAAGAAACUUUUUGGAUCGAUGAACCUUUAUGCAAAUCCUACAAGUUGGUAGACACGACUAGAAGGACUGCAUACCGUUUAAAAGACAAUCUGUCUAUCUUGAUGGUGUCUAACUCAACAGGCAGCAUCAUUGGAUGUUUGACAAUGUGUAUAGAAACAAUACAUGAAGCAGACGACACAGCAAUAUUGCAGAUUCAAAAUGAAAAUUUGAAAAAAAUCAGAACUUUCCUGGCUCACAAACUGGAGGAAAAGAAUGUAUUUAAACAUUUUGGUGUUGAAAAAGCAGUACAUUUUCUUCAUUUGUCGACGAAGAAGAAUUACCAGGGACGUGGAAUAGCCUCUAAAUUAACAAAGGCUUCACUGACAUUUUGUAAAAAGUUAGGAUUUAUCCCAGUGUGUAUUGCUGCAGACUGUACUUCCAACAUAUCACAGAAAAUCUUUGAGAAAUUUGAAUUUGAAAAUUUGUUCACUGUAAGAUAUGACGAAUAUAAAGUUAAUGAUGAAAUCGUUUUCACAAACAUGGGCGACAAUAAAGUAGCAAAGUUUUUUGUUAAACAGUUAUAA